ACAAAAGAUUCCAUUUUUCGAGGGAAGCUUCAGUCGGCGGCGGCGGUGGAUUGUCUCUAUCUCCAUCUCCAUCUCUCGCUCUGUUCCUCUAUCACGGCGUAGUCUUGUCUGAAUCCCGGAACUAUCAAUCAUUUGAAGGAAAGGAAGCGACUUUUUUUAUAAUCCUGAGAUUUUGGAGUAAUUGAUGGCGGCGAGCGCGAAUCCGACCGAAGGUUCAUCGGCGGCAGAGAAGAUAUCGGCGGCGGCUACGAACACUGUGAAUUCAGCGGAUAACGGUGGGAAUAAUACGAAAGUGGAUAAUAACUCAGAGACGAUAAGCGCGUUGAGGCAUAAUCCAGGGAUCUCUGUUGAUUGGACUCAUGAUGAACAAUCGUUAUUAGAAGAUUUGCUCGCCAAGUACGCGUCAGAGCCUACGAUAGUUCGUUAUGCGAAGAUUGCGAUGAAGAUGAAGGAUAAAACCGUCAGAGAUAUUGCUCUCCGUUGUAGAUGGAUGACUAAAAAGGAAAAUGGAAAGCGUAGGAAAGAAGAGCAUUCCUCAAGAAAAAGCAAAGAUAAGAAAGAAAAAACUACGGAUUCUUCUUCAGCCAAGUCCACAUCUCAUUUGAAUGUGCAUCCGAAUAAUGGUCCUGCAUACGCUCCUCCUAUGAUGCCUUUAGAUACUGAUGAUGGCAUUUCAUUUAAAGCUAUUGGUGGUGUGAGUGGAGAUCUUCUCGAACAAAAUGCUCAGAUGUUCAACCAAGUUUCAUCUAAUUUCUCUGCUUUCCAGAUACAUGAGAACGUCAAUAUCUUGUGCAAAGCUAGGGACAACAUCCUGGCGAUCUUGAACGACUUGAAUGACUUGCCUGAGGUUAUGAAGCAGAUGCCACCUCUUCCUGUGAAGGUGAACCAAGAGCUGGCGAACUCCAUCCUCCCUCGCCCGCCCCAUCAAAUGAAGUCGUGAUCGAUCUUAUAGAAGCCUAUUUUGAUGGUUUGAUUCUUAUCAAAGAAGAAAAGGGAAAUAAAUGGCGUGGAUGUAGAGUGUGUCCACUGGUAAUGAUAAACAGACACGGGGUUUUGUCUCUUUCGCAGUUUCGAUUGUUUCUCAAUGUUUCAGCAAACGGUUAGGGUUGUAUUCUUGUUUAGGAUGUGAAUAGAUUUCAAUUGUUUAUGGUAAAUGUCUUUGUAUAACAUUUGGUUUUCAAGCUGAAAGGUUUGAGAUUACAAGAGAUGCUGUGUUGUUAGUAA